AUGACGGUGAAGGGUAAUCAACCAUGUUGGGAGCAAGAAUUCAUCUUUGAAACGAACAGAAUUGAUAAUGGCAUGAUGCUGGAGCUUUGGAAUAAAGGUGUCCUCUGGGAUAAACUCCUUGGUUUGCAUUAUUUGACAUUAACAUCAGUGCAGUAUAGUAAUGAAGCUGGGCCAGGCAAAUGGUUGCAAAUUGAUCAAGAAUUACAAACCAGAAAUGGUCAAACAAUUGGAACUAGCGGUCCUACUGGACAUUCAAUCCUUGUCGAUGUACGCUUCGAACUGCCAUAUGGUCAGUGCUUUCUGUAA